UUUACUACAGGCUUCAGUUGUGCAUUUGCCGUGCGUGGAGGAGGUCGCGCUGCUCCGUGCUGAGAGUGAGUUGCUGUGGUCUUGGCCUGUCAUCGCGACGGCAAAAUGUUACCCCAUGCGAAUUAUGAGAGGGUGCCUGUGCCCAGCUCGUCUACAGUGUUCGGAUCUAUGUUGGUGAAUGACAGCUCCAACACGCCAUAUUCUGAUGCCACACAGACGAAGAAACAUCCCCCAAACCACAUCAAACGGCCCAUGAACGCCUUUAUGGUGUGGUCCCAGAUGGAGCGGAGGGAGAUCAUCAAGUUUGCGCCAGAUAUGCACAAUGCUGAGAUCUCCAAGCAACUGGGACGCCGCUGGAAGUUGUUGUCUGAGGAACAACGACGACCUUACCGCGACGAGGCUGAGCGUCUGAAACAGCUCCACAUGCGCGAGUAUCCUAACUACAAGUACCGUCCCCGCAAGAAGGGACAGAAAGCCCAGCUAAAAGGUGUGUCAGAAAAGAGUGUUGGAAAGAUCACCAAGGCCAAGGACCAUUGUAAUAACAAGGACCGGGCCAAGAAUGUGGUGAACGUCAUCAGCAACACCCGCAUCACCCACACACAGGGUCUCGAGGUCGAUCACAACAAGCUGGGUAUUAAGAUCACCAUCGACGAUGACUUUAAGAGGUCUCAUAGGAUGCCCCAAAAUGGUGUCAUGGCACUAACCCCACAUUCCCCUCCAGAAGUGCCCGCCAGUCCACCCUGUGAUCUCCCAGAUUCUCCCGAGAGUGCCUCUAUGUACGAAGACCCGCCCGCCUUCACCUACAACCCCUCCGUCACCGCCCAGUACCACACACCCACCAGUACCCACGGUCUGACAGCCUUGAGUCACCACACCACCACAUCCACCCAUAACACAGUCUCCAGCCCCAACACCAGAAUCAAGCAAGAGCCAGACGAUCUCUACGAAAUUGUUUACACUCCACAAAGUCUAGCGUCCCCGGGUCUUGGUUCCCCAGUGUGUGAAACACCACAUAUUAAGACAGAGAUUAAGACAGAAAUACAAAGUCCACGAAAUAACACCAGUGGUCAAAUAACAGAGCACGCUACCUUGGAUGACCUGUACAACAUCACCGACUUCAUCCCCAUCUCAGACAUCAAGAUGGACCUCGACUCUCUUGAUGCUGACAUAGACUUCGAUGCUGUCAGCACAAGUUCGGGGUCCCACUUCGACUUCCCCAGCGUGACUGAGGAAACAGACCACCUUUUGUCAGACUGCGGACUCUCCCAUACGUGGAUCGGUUCCAGCAGCUUCCUGCUAUAGGCAGGGAGCUGGGAACACUUGCAACGAGUGUUUUUUUUCUCUUUCGUGUUUACAACGAAAGACAGAAUUAUCUGUCCAGCAUAGACUUAAUGUACUCUAGUGAAGUCAAUAGUAUUGUACACGGGAGACAUGAUGGACCGGGACCAAAGUCCUAACCAAGCUUUCAAAGCCUCCAUAACGGUGCCAGUGCCUUCAACCAUUGUUUCCUAACAUUUUUCAACAGUACCACAACAACAAACUAAACCAGUUAACGCAGUCUGGUCAAUAAAAUGGUGCACAAAAUCAUCUCGGUGAUGACAAAUUUACUAGCCUCAGCUGCCAGCCAUGUACAUAAACCCUUUUUGCUCUAAUGUUUCUUUAGUGAACAAAAACUUAAGUGAGUGUAAGUCAUUUUAAUCGUAAUCUAUGAGGCUUUCUGUGAUGUUUUCUCUCGAGUAAGUGCAAGUGAACGGUUUGGAGUUGCCCAUUUCUUUAACGAACAGUAAAGGAGCUGAAAGUUUGAGGCUUCAAUGAGUCAGAUUAUGGAGGGACAUAACACGUAAAUUAAUAUUAUACUGGUGAACAUGUCGGAAGAAACAAAGAAGUUCAGUUCAUAUUGUUAUCUUGUGCUUCUAUCUACCAUCUUGGUGACGCGAGGAAGAGUGGGGGAGGAUGGCAGGAUAGAUGGACAUAAUGCAAGGCUCGUGGACGCUGGUAGUCCUACUAAAGAUCCUUGCUGGUCUUAUCGCCUCCUGGCUAAACACCUGAUGCAUGAAGAUCGAUGCUUCAGGAGGACGAGAGGAUGACGCACGGAUGAAGAGGAUGGAUGGAUGAGGUUGUAUUUGGUUUAAGGAUCAGAUGCUGUGUGUUGGAGACAGGUCGAUGGUGCAGGCGUGAGUGUGGUCUACAGGCAGCUGCUGUCCUGGGGCUGAUCAACAGUUUGGGGUCACCAGUCUACCCACGACGACUUCCUCAGGCCUUGUUUAACUGGAUAGAUCUCAGCCACAGACGGAGCCCUGAUGACCCACGCUCAGCCAUUCAGGAGACACGGUGGGCAUUGGACGAGUGACGUCAUUAGUGCAAUAAGCCAAUCAUAAGGCAGUUCAGUGGCGUUCUUUGUAAUAAGAUAACCUGUAGUUAAUGUAGUAUUUAUAUUGUUAAAAGAAUUAUUAUAUUACCGUUUUCCCAGUGAUAGAGUAAAGGAUUAUGUGCAUGUUAUUUUCCUAGCCAUGUGUGUGUGUGUGGUGAAGGAAAAUAACACUUGUUUAUGGGGUCGAGGAGGUCAAUCAUAUGACAGUACUUACAUAACACUGGUCAAGGAGACCCAAUCAUAUGGCUGAACUUGUAUGACGUCACUGGUGAAUGAGAGCCAGUCAUAUAACAGUACUUGUAUGACGUCGCUGGUGAAGGAGAUCCAAUCAUAUAACAGUACUUACAUGACGUCACUGGACUUGUUCUUUUAAUCCCACCUGAUGCUGAUGACGUCACUGCUGGAGCAUUCACGAGAAGCAUUAAUUAAUGAACCUUAAAGUGGCAGUUUUUGUUUGAAAUUCUAGUCAGUACAACAACAUUACUGUGUAUAGUAAUUACUACGUCAAAUAAUUUGUCAUGUAUUUCAUUUUGUGGACAAUUAUUUGAUACUUUUAUUUAAUGUUCGAUUUAUGUUUUAAUCGUUCAAAGUUUAUAGAAAUUUUUGAAUCGGUAGAAGGAAAAUUCUUGUGUAUUAAUGAAACAGUUGCUAAAAAUAUAUAUAUAUAUAAUAAGAAUGUUGCUCAAAACAUGUAAAAAAACAAUAGUUCUAAGACAAGACUUUUAUUAACAUCAGAAAUUUUCACAAAUGAUCUCAUUAUUUUUUUCAGACUAAAAAAACACAAAACAAAGUUGAAAUUAUUUUUUAUUUAACAUUUUAUCUUCUGUUAGUCUUUCCUUCCUUCUGCCUCAAAUUCAUUAUUAUAUUAUUGAUCAUAUUUUGUACAUAGUGUUAACCUGAGAUAUUUCAUGUACAGUUAAACUAUAUGGCAUUUCUUCACUAAGAGUAAUCGGAGGUUUUAUAUAUUUUGUAGUGGUAGCGCCCGUGUGUCCCGAGUCAGGGGCGGCGGGUGUGAAAAACAAAUACAUUUUUAUAUGUUUCAAGUGAUA